CAGAGAAGCUGCAGCGGCCGCAGCCGGGUUGCCAUGUGGCGACCGUCAGAGACAGAGCAGAGGUGACACGACUCUCCGUUCAAAGUCAAACAGCCACAAAGUCUUCUGGGCUUUCCUUCGUUUGCUUUCUUUGCCUGCCUGCCUCUCUGUCAGUCGAAUCAUUUGAAUCAUGCUGAUCACUCUGUGUUUCUCCCUCCUGGUGUCAUCUGUCGUUGCCACAGAUAAAGACAGCCUUCCCACACUGACUGACACCAAAGCUGCUGAGGCCUUCAUCGACUCUGCUGAAGUGGUGGUCAUCGGAUUCUUGGAGGGAGAGGAGAGUCACGGCUAUCAGGAACUCGUUGCAGCUGCAAAGCGAGUUGACUCGGUCCCUGUAGCCGUCUGCACUGACAAAGAGGUGUGGACGGCCUACAGCCUCUCCUCAGACACCAUCACCCUCUUCAGAAAGGCAGAUAACCACCAGGAGAACCUCGUCAUAGCCGAGGCCAAGAAGGUAGAAACUGACGGUCUUGUGAACUUCAUCACCAUCAACGAGGUCCGAUUCAUCACAGAGUACAACCAAGUGACUGCAGUGGGCCUGUUCAAUUCAGAGGUGAAGACACACCUCCUGCUCUUUGCCAACAGGGGGAGUAAAGAAUACACCGAGCUGAAGGAGCGACUGGGAGCUCUGGCCCCUGAGUUCACAGGCAAGUUCUUGUUUGUGCUGAUUAAUGGAGCCGUGAAGUCCAACGCCCGGUCACUGGGCUACUUUGGCCUCAAGUCUCAGGACCUCCCACGAGUUGGCAUUUAUGACGGUGCCUCUGACAUGAAGUGGCUCCUGCCUGAGGGAGAGAUCUCUACUGAGCGAGUACAGGAGUUCUGCCAGUCCUUCCUACGAGGGGAACUGAAGGAGGUGAAGCAGGCAGGAGCAGAGGCCAAAACGGAGCUCUAGGACUCUAAAACAAAUGUAAAUGAAUUUAUGUGUAUUGAAUAAAAUACUAAAUAGAGGUG